AUGACCGUCAUCCGUCAAGCUCUCAUGCUCGGUGCAGCCUACUGGCACGCGGCAACGUCCCUCGUCAUUGAGGAGCGCACAUUCCAUACCUCCACGCCGUGCCUUACAUCGACACACACCACUACUAUCCCUUGGACAGGAACGACUACCACCUGCACAACUGUGACACCUUGUUCCGGACCUGUUACUGUCAUUGUCGAGACGCCACUGGUAGCGGCCACUUGUGCUUCGACCACUUCCAGCCGGCCCACAGCCACUCCAACCCUCACUCCGGGUGGUCCAUGCCCGAUCAAGGCCGAGUGCGGUGCAGCCGGGCUGAACAUUGACUACUAUGCCAAUUCAUUUGGCGGUUAUGAAAGAAGCAAGCCUUCUUCCUACUACUUGACCGAAGGCCUCAGCCCCCUUCGCUCGUCUCUCACCAACGUCACUUUCUUCCCUUGGAACUUUGGUGAAUACCCUCCAAAUUUGCCUCAGGUCAAUCCGAAUCCAUCAAUCGGUUUCCCCUACUGGGCUGGCUGGACCCGGGAGACCAACGGCGGAAUUGUUGUGGACGCCAACAACUUCACGCUUGUCUAUUCCGGCUUCUAUAGAGCCCCCGCAACUGGGACGUACCAACUCUGCGCUUCAGCUGACAACGAAAAUGACAUUUUUUUCGGCCAAGGCAAUGCAUUUAGCUGUCUCGAUGGCAAGCCCAUCUCUAAAGCCCAGCCACUCCUGAAGGCACCCUUUGGCCAUUCCAUGGACAUUAAGUGUACCAAUGUCGAAAUGAUUCAGGACCAGUUUUACCCUGUUAGAAACGUCAUGGGAAAUUGGGCUGCCCCAUCGGCUUUCAACUUCACGAUUCAGCAGCCUGGAGUGGAUUUUGCGAACCGCAAGAAUGCGUUUGCAGGCGAGGUGUAUCCUCUUGACUGUGGACUUUAUUAG